AAUUCGACGUCCACUUGACCUCCUCGAGAGAAUCUAAUUUUAAGACAUCUCGAGCCUCCUUCGACCUCUGUGAUGAUCAACGACCAUGGCGCCAGGAGCAACGACCCUGAGCGUUCUGCUGCUUCUGACGAUCACCGGCUGCACGACCGUCAACGUCUUCGACAAAUCCUACUCCGAGACUCUGAAGGUUGUCAGGCUUCCGGGAGGCUACAUGGAGCUGCUCCAGAAGGAGCACUGCUCGCAUCAGCUCCUCAGACUCUCGUGCAGGUCCUUGAAGGCUUUUAUCUUCGUCCUGGAAGCGGAGUACCUGUCGAACUUCACUCAGAUUUGCGGGUACGAGUCGAAGAGGAAGAACACGACGCCAGGUAGCAGCUCUUACAGGAAGAGGUUGAAGGGGAACUAUAUUUAUGAGGACGAGCAGCAGGUGGUGGAUAUCAGGAAGUCGCUGAAUAGGAGAUGUUCCGGACAAGUCCAUUGUCGUUACAACUUCCCCACUGAUCAUGCAGGCACUGUCCAAUGGUAUCCAGCCACUUUGCGAAUAAAAUAUGCCUGUAUACCUGAGACUGCGGUCAGAAGAUUCUGCAACGAGGAGGUGAAAGUGGUACCAGGCGAAGGUGGUUUCAUCAAAUCACCAGGAUACCCGUUAUAUUAUCCUGGUGAGAAUACAUGUGGAUGGACCUUCAGGUCGGCUCCUGACCACAGGAUCCUCCUUACCUUCCACGACCUGGAUAUACGGGGCGCAGAGUCGGACGGAAGUUGCGUGGACGUCGUCCGCGUGCGUGAAAAGGGCAGAACUCUGUUCGAGCAUUGCGGCACAGCGGCCGGUGUGAAAAUUAUCUCGAACUCGAACGUGAUCACGCUAGACCUGAUCGUAUCAAACUCGAACGUGAUCACCGCCCGAGGAUUCUUCCUGCAAUAUCAAGUUCUGGGCUGUCCGGAUAUAUCCACGCCGAACGGAAGUUACGUAUUGAAUGGCACCCUGACCUCGAGGACGUUUCUCUGCAAAUUGGGCAGCGUGUUCCCUGACAGUAACGAAAGGAUAAGAACACUUCAGUGCAAGAACGGGAAAUGGAACGAGAGUGUCGUCAGUAUACCUAGUUGCAAAGCCACGUCAGCAGUGAUCCUGAAGACAGAACACGAACAUAAUCAGUUGUCCAGUCUUUCCGGUGACAACGUGGUCGGCUCAGGGGUCAGAAUUGGACGGGGUGAGAACGCAGACGCGGUUGGCAACGGGAACAUUAUGGAUUCGGCGCAAUCAGCCAUGAUGAAGCAAACAGACUACGUCGUAGACGUGGUCUUACCCACCGUCCUAAUUGCUCUGCUGUUCGUUGGCAAUGCCAUCAUCGUGUACAUCAUCUUCCAAUACAGAAAGAGGAAAGUUCCAUCUAUGGAACAAGGCGAGGAGAUGGCAUUGCGGAACUCAGCAGAAGUGCCCCAGGUGUGAUUCGCCCUACCAACAACUCCAAGUUCACAGUGCCAGGCAAAAGCGUCAGCGAGAAGGCCUACGUUGCAUUUUUCUACGAGAAUGAUCUCCCAAAAAAUUGAAACAAAAAAUGAAUCUCCAAAAACAAAGAGAGACAUUGCUCUCUUAACGCGGUCAAGCGAAGGAACAUUCGAAAUCUCGUGUCUGUUCGGAUUUUAGUGAAAUGAGACGAACGGAAAUGACGGAGGCACUCUCGAGGAAAGACUAUAAAUGCGCUCGUCGCCGCUCGUUUAGAAAUUCGCUGUCAAUAUUUUAGUAACUCAGGCGCCUAUUUAAGUGCUGCCACGUAUUUUGCGUAAACAUAUACACGUACACAUACACACAUUGUACACAGACACACGCGUAUACAACAUACGAUAAUGUAUUAUAAUAUAAGGAAAUAAUAUAUUCUAUAUUUCGUCCGAACUGUGACUAAGUUAAGAAUAAACGGAUGUUUUUCUUAA